UAAUGCACCGUCUCGCCUUCUUUCUCUUCUUCUUCUUCUUUAUUUUUCCCACUCCUUUUUAUCUGUCCCUCUCUCCCGAUCUCCGAGCGCUCUAGGGUUUCCCUUUUAGGGUUUUUGUCAUUUCUCCUCUUCUCACAUUCAUCUAAAUUGAUCUUGUCUUCUGCAAGUUAGUCGAGAUGAAGCUGACUGUAAAGACAUUGAAAGGCACCCACUUUGAAAUCCGGGUUCAGCCCGGCGAUACGAUUAUGGCGGUAAAGAAAACUAUUGAGGAUGUACAAGGAAAAGACAGCUAUCCAUGUGGGCAGCAAUUGUUGAUCCAUAAUGGGAAGGUUUUGAAAGAUGAAACCACAUUGGAAGACAACAAAGUUAGUGAAGACGGUUUUCUUGUUGUCAUGCUCAGCAAGACCAAAGCCUUGGGAUCAUCUGGGGCCUCGUCUGCUCAGCCUGCAACAAGUGCUCCAGCAGCUGCACCUACACCAGCUCCAGUUGCUGCACCUACACCAGCUCCAGUUGCUGCACCUGAGGCUCCUUCACAGGCACCGGCCCCAGUAAACGUUGCAGCUGCAUCUGAGAGACCAACAACUGAGGUUCCUGCAUCUAAUGUCUAUGGACAAGCUGCAUCAAAUUUAGUUGCUGGUAAUAAUCUUGAGCAGACUAUUCAACAAAUAAUGGAUAUGGGUGGUGGCAUCUGGGACAAGGAGACUGUUACACGUGCACUUCGUGCAGCUUACAACAAUCCUGAGCGAGCUGUGGAUUAUUUAUAUUCUGGUAUUCCGGAAUCAACGGAGGUCGCUGUCCCAGUGGCUCACUUCCCUUCUAUUCAGGCACCAGAUAGGCCUAACCCAACAAAUGACACUGGUGUAGCAGGGACUGCACCUGUAUCUGGUCUACCUAAUUCUUCUCCCCUCAACUUGUUUCCUCAGGAGACGCUCAAUUCUGGUGCUGUUGGUGAUGGAUCCCUUGAUUUCCUCAGAAACAACCAGCAGUUCCAAGCAUUGCGUUCAAUGGUUCAAGCAAAUCCACAAAUUCUACAGCCAAUGCUUCAAGAGCUAAGCAAGCAAAACCCUCAACUUCUAAGACUAAUUCAGGAGCACCAUGCUGAGUUUCUUCAGUUAAUAAAUGAACCCCUCGAAGGUUCUGAAGGGGAUCUGUUUGAUCAACCUGAGCAAGAUAUGCCCCAUGCCAUCAGUGUGACACCGGCAGAACAGGAGGCUAUUGAACGUCUUGAAGCAAUGGGAUUUGAUAGAGCUCUUGUCAUUGAGGCAUUUUUAGCUUGUGACCGUAAUGAGGAAUUAGCAGUCAAUUACUUACUGGAGAAUGCUGGAGACUUUGAAGACUGAAUGUAAUGACUUUCAGGGGAUAUCACGAUAGGUGUCCAGAGUUUUUGUGAAAGGGGCACAGCUUCCUCUGUUGAAAAUUGGGAAGCACUUGGCACAUUGGUCCUGGAAGUGCAGGUGUUAUUGCCUUUUUGGGUAGUGAAUUCAAUUGGUUCAUUUGCUGAUCUAUGAACAUGACAAUCUUGAGUCUGGAAGAAGGAAAAGCUUGUUUGAGUGCUGAGCUGGGACCGUGCAAUGCAUUUGUUUUGUGACUAUUCUUUACGGUGUUCACAGGUGUAUUAUAGUCUUUGAUAAUACUGAUAGUAGACAUGAAUUUCUGUGUUUUCUUUACAAAUUUGCUAUCUAUGAUUUUGGUUAUCUUAUACAGUGCUCA